UGAUGUAUCUGGAAGAGAGGAGACUGGUCCACCGGGACUUAGCAGCCCGGAAUGUCUUGGUCAAAUCACCAAACCAUGUAAAGAUCACGGACUUUGGCCUGGCCCGGCUGCUGGAAGGAGACGAGAAAGAGUACAACGCAGAUGGAGGGAAGAUGCCCAUUAAGUGGAUGGCUCUGGAAUGUAUACACUACAGGAAAUUCACCCAUCAAAGCGAUGUUUGGAGCUAUGGUGUCACUAUUUGGGAACUUAUGACCUUUGGAGGAAAGCCCUAUGAUGGAAUCCCAACACGAGAAAUUCCAGACCUGCUAGAGAAAGGAGAACGGUUGCCCCAGCCUCCCAUCUGCACCAUUGAUGUUUACAUGGUGAUGGUGAAAUGCUGGAUGAUUGAUGCUGACAGUCGGCCUAAAUUCAAGGAAUUAGCGGCUGAAUUUUCUAGAAUGGCUCGAGACCCUCAAAGAUACCUGGUCAUUCAGGGUGAUGACCGGAUGAAGCUCCCGAGCCCAAACGACAGCAAAUUCUUCCAAAAUCUGCUGGACGAGGAAGACCUGGACGAUAUGAUGGAUGCCGAGGAAUACUUAGUUCCUCAGGCGUUUAACCUUCCUCCGCCUGUCUACACCUCCAGGGCCCGAAUUGACUCCAACAGGAGUGAAAUUGGACACAGCCCUCCUCCUGCCUACGCCCCUAUGUCAGGAAACCAGUUCACGUACAGAGGCGGCGGCUUUGCUACAGAACAAGGAGUACCUGUGCCCUACAGAGCUGUCAGCUGCAUAACUCCAGAGGCGUCAGCCAUCCAGGGGGCCACAGCAGAGAUCUUUGAUGACACUUGCUGCAACGGCACUCUGCGGAAGCAGGUGGCUGCCGCCAUCGCACAAGAGGACAGUAGCGCUCAACGGUACAGCGCUGACCCAACGGUGUUUGUACCUGAGCGGGGUUCGCGGGGUUCGCUGGAUGAAGAUGGGUACAUGACUCCAAUGCGAGACAAGCCCAAAACAGAUUACCUGAACCCGGUUGAGGAGAACCCAUUUGUCUCUCGCCGGAAGAACGGUGAUCUUCAAGCCCUGGACAACCCCGAGUAUCACAGCGCCCCGAAUGGGCAACCCAAAGCAGAGGACGAGUACGUGAACGAGCCAUUGUACCUCAAUACCUUUGCUAACACCUUGGAAAACGCAGAGUACCUGAAGAACAACGGGCUUCCUUUGCCAGAGAAAUCCAAGAAGGCCUUCGACAACCCGGAUUACUGGAACCACAGCCUGCCCCCACGAAGCACCUUCCAGCACCCAGACUGCCUGCAGGAGUACAGCACAAAAUAUUUUUACAAACAAAAUGGACGGAUCCGGCCCAUCGUGGCAGAGAACCCUGAAUACCUCUCUGAGUUCUCGCUGAAGCCUGGCACUGUACUGCCCCCACCACCAUACAGACAUCGGAACACAGUGGUGUAGCCCCAUUACUAUUACACCUGCGGAGAGGUAACCCCUUUCUAGCUGCUGGAUUCUCUCUCUCUUUCUCUCUCUCCCUCUCUGUUUCUCGGAAGCUUCCUCUUUUUGCCAGUUCACUCACGUUGAUAUUUCCAAGUAGAAGGACACCUUGGAGUCAUUUGCAGAUCGGGUUUUGAACCUGGAAGGAAAGAAAGAAAGACUGACUGAAAGAAGGCCCAAACCUGGCAUUUCUUGCCUUUCCCAGACCCUGAGGGUCAGAGGGACUUGAGGGGCUAGCAAAUGCCAGGAAAGGCCAGUUACAGGGUUGUCUGCUGUCAUCCUCGUUCUUGGUAAUUCAACUGAUGCUGUAGGGGACGUCACACCAUGUCUGUUUCUACCAAGAGAAACCCACGAGAGCCUCUUCAGCAUUCCUGGAAAUCGCAAUGUGGUUUCCAUUCGGGGGAGAAAAGGACAACUUUUAUAUCACGUGUGAUAGCUAAAUAAUUGAGAUUGGAGAAUCCAAUUUCUUUUCCCUAACAUUUUCUAUCCUGGCAGCUGCAAACAGCUAUCCCAGCUUUUCAUAACGAUUCAGUUGGCCAUCACAGCCACCCAAGGUGAUAACGAGGUGACUUUUAUCUCUGGCCUGUCCCCUCUUCUUAGCCACUCCCACAGUUUUGUCCCCUUUCCGAAGCACCGAGACUUUCUCUUGAAGCUCCUGUGCAUAACAGUGCAAUUUUUUUUGUAUGUGUCGCCAUGACGACAAGUAUUUUCAACACAAAAAGCCAACAGCCUCCUUGAAGCUGAAAGAGAGGCCAAGAUCUGUGAUUUGUAGGCACAGAGCCUCCCCUUCAUGUUUUAUACCUACUUAAUACAGACAACGUAUCCAUGCCAAUUUUCUUCUUUCUUUUUGCUCAUGGAUUUAAAUUAUCUGGGGACACAGUCGACAGGAGGAGGGGAGUUUAACCGGUUCAGGAAAACCGGUGGUGUUCUAAGGGGUGGCCUAUUAAGGAGUCCUUUAAACUGGAAGAAAGACACUGGAGUGGGUAAAACACUCAUAGCAGAUCACUGGAAAGUUAGUUUGCACUUAAGCUAUGGUUUUAUUUGCCCUCACUCUGAACUGUUUUUUUCUGGAUUUUGAAUGAAGCAAUAUGGAAGUGACCAGCAAAAUAAAAAUAAUUUUAAAUUAAAUAAGGAAAUUAUACAUAAAGGACAACUGUGGAAAUGCCAAAAUGAAGAAAGUCGCAUCUGUGGAACAGCAUCGGCUGGUUCUAGAGGCCAGUACGCUGACUACUUCAGAGGAUACAGUAAAGAAGGAACCAGUUCAAACACUGCUGCACAAUGGAAAUCAAUGCAAACAGUGAAGGGAUUUGGGGAGAAGACUGGCUAGGUGUGGCUUGGAGCCCAGCAAGGACUAUAGUGCUCUGAUAGACAGAUUUUUCCAGCACAUAAGCUAGUACAUACAAGGAUUUUAAAGUCAAUGCAUGCAUGAUACACACUGCUUUCAGUCCGAAAUGUAAAUCAUGAGUUGAUUUCCAUGCACUUAUUUCUCUUUCAUCAACUUGAGCUGUCACAGAACCUUUCAUUUAUCCUCCGUCUACCCCCAUGCCUGGAAAUAUUUUUAGCCAGUGUUUUUAAAUUCACUUUAGCCUCAGACAUAGAACACCAUAGGAAGCAGAAGGGAAGAGCAGGGAGGGUGUCUUGCUUUUUAAUGCACUAAGUGUCUAGCUAUUUAGACUUUUAAAGAAAAUAGAUCUAUCUAAUUAGACUCAAAUUUUAAGAGGGCAACAGUAUUCACAUUAAUGCACUUUACUACCACUAAAAUGAAGGCCCUUUGGAUGAUGGAACGCGGCAAGAGGGAGGAACAGUAUGGAAGCAAUGGUUAUUUUCGGUUAAAUCCUAAUUUUAAUGGAUUGCCAUCAUGAGCUCCCUCUCAGGGAGAGCAGACCCCUCCGAUUGAACGAGGAAAACUAAGUAAGCUAUGACCCUCUUCCUCAGUCUGCCAUUUUGAGUUUACUGUAGGAGCUGAUGUUAUACCAUGUUACGCAAGCAUCUGGUGAUGCCUUCAUGAAGCGACAUUACAAAAUUGCCUAAUCCCUCCCUCUUCCCUCUCCCAGGGCCGCCAUGCAAUAAUUGCUUAAUUUUCUGUGUCUUGGGGCUUGCUAGACAAGUCAGCUCUGGGUAGGAAAGGGAUCCUAACCUGGGUUACUUCUUAGUCUUGUACUUAGACACAGCAUUUGUGGCUGGUCCCCACUGUGUCCAUCAGAAUUUCAGGUCAAGGCUGGUUCAGCCAAUAGGGCAUUAUGGAAUGAGGUGCUUCAAACCAAUUUGAACGAGCAGAACUUAAUUACCAGCUGCUGUGCACUUACUAAACCCAUAACCCUUGUAUGUAAAUAGGUGAUUUAUAAACAAGAACAAUAAGUCUUUGCAGCUAUUAAAAGGAGUGGGCAGGUGGCUACCUAACAAAUCAGUUUGUCACGGCAGAAUGAAAUGAACAGCUGACCAUUAAAGCAGGGUGGAUGACCACAAAAGAAUUAGACCCCCUCGGAUCUGUUAAAGCACUCCAUGUGCGAGUAGUGCAUAAAUCUUCAAGGUUGGGAUCCAGGAGGUAAGUCUCUUGAAAAGAGCAAAUGGACAAAUGAUACAAUUCUGGUACAAGGGUUUUUGUUUGUUUUAUGUCCCUUCUGUGACUCAGAGAAAGCUUAGAAUAGAGGGCGGGAGAAGUUGGGUUGAACUCCAUCACGGAACAGGUAUAAGAGAAGAGUGAAGUGCUAAUGGAAAUCUAGAUACAGGCUGCGUAUUUGUAUUUGAAGGGGUGCACUUUUCUCUCACCGUCCAUCUUUUAGUGCACCGCUCCAACCUACUGAAGGCAAACCGCUACAAGGAUUUUAGAAUCCAGCUGCUAACAGAAGGUAGAAAACCUGUUUGAUAAUUCAGUAAUAU